CUCGGCUCCUUAGCUCGGGCGUCCUGGUUCGCUUUGGCGUCCGCCGUCUCCGUCGCUGCCUUCUCUUCCUCCUCCUUCGCCACCGCCUGCAGCACCGCAGCCCCUCCCGCCAUGGCCGCCGCCGGCGCCCGGCGCAGUCCCGGCCCCGGCUCGGGGCUCCGGGGGCGGCCGAGGCUCGGCUUCCACCCCGGGCCGCCGCCGCCGCCGCCGCUGCUGCUGCUGGUAUUUCUGCUCCUACUGCCGCCGCCACCGUUGCUGGCUGGCGCCACCGCCGCCGCCUCACGGGAGCCCGACAGCCCAUGCCGGCUCAAGACAGUCACGGUGUCCACACUGCCCGCCCUGCGGGAGAGCGACAUCGGCUGGAGCGGCGCCCGCGCCGGGGCCGGGGCCGGGGCUGGGACCGGAGCCGGAGCUGCCGCCGCCGCCGCGUCUCCAGGCUCCGCGGGUUCUGCCGGCACAGCAGCCGAGUCGCGCCUCCUGCUCUUUGUGCGUAACGAGCUGCCAGGGCGCAUCGCGGUGCAAGAUGACCUGGACAACACAGAGCUGCCCUUCUUCACCCUGGAGAUGUCUGGCACAGCAGCGGACAUCUCAAUGGUGCACUGGAGACAGCAGUGGCUGGAGAAUGGCACAUUGUACUUCCACGUCUCCAUGAGCAGUUCUGGACAGCUGGCCCGGGCCACCGCCACCACACUCCAGGAGCCCUCGGAGAUCGUAGAGGAGCAGAUGCACAUCCUCCACAUUUCUGUAAUGGGUGGCCUCAUUGCUUUAUUGCUGCUGCUGCUGGUUUUCACGGUGGCACUGUAUGCCCAGCGACGGUGGCAAAAGCGUCGCCGCAUCCCCCAGAAGAGUGCAAGCACAGAAGCCACGCACGAGAUCCACUACAUCCCAUCAGUGUUGCUGGGUCCCCAGGCCCGAGAGAGCUUCCGUUCCUCUCGGCUGCAGGCACACAAUUCUGUCAUUGGCGUGCCAAUCCGGGAGACACCCAUCCUGGAUGACUAUGACUGUGAGGAGGAGGAGGACCCACCCCGGCGGGCCAACCACGUCUCCCGUGAGGAUGAGUUUGACAGCCAGGUGACUCAUACCCUGGACAGCUUGGGACGGCCAGGGGAAGAGAAGAUGGACUUUGAGAAGAAAGCAGCAGCCGAAGCAACACAGGAGACAGUGGAGUCCCUGAUGCAGAAGUUCAAGGAGAGUUUCCGCGCUAACACGCCCAUCGAGAUCGGCCAGCUGCAGCCAGCCCCACGCAGUGCAUCAGCAGGGAAGCGGAAGCGAAGGAGCAAGUCUCGAGGGGGAAUCAGCUUUGGGAGAACCAAGGGGACCUCUGGUUCCGAAGCAGAUGAUGAAAGACAGCUGACAUUCUACACCGAGCAGUACCGCAGUCGCCGCCGCAGCAAAGGUUUACUGAAAAGCCCAGUGAAUAAGACAGCCCUGACACUGAUUGCUGUGAGCUCCUGCAUCCUGGCCAUGGUGUGUGGCAGCCAGAUGUCCUGUCCGCUCACUGUGAAGGUGACUUUGCAUGUGCCUGAGCACUUCAUUGCAGAUGGGAGCAGCUUCGUAGUGAGUGAAGGAAGCUACCUGGACAUCUCUGACUGGUUAAACCCUGCCAAGCUGUCACUGUAUUAUCAGAUCAAUGCCACUUCACCAUGGGUGAGGGAUCUCUGUGGGCAAAGGACAACAGAUGCCUGUGAGCAACUCUGUGACCCAGAAACCGGAGAGUGCAGCUGUCAUGAAGGCUACGCCCCUGACCCUGUGCAUAGACAUCUGUGUGUGCGCAGUGACUGGGGACAGAGUGAAGGACCGUGGCCUUACACAACCCUUGAGAGGGGCUAUGAUUUGGUGACAGGGGAGCAAGCCCCUGAAAAGAUUCUCAGGUCUACUUUCAGCUUGGGCCAAGGCCUCUGGCUUCCGGUGAGCAAAAGUUUUGUGGUUCCACCGGUGGAGCUGUCCAUCAACCCCCUGGCAAGCUGCAAGACUGAUGUGCUCGUCACGGAAGACCCUGCAGAUGUCAGGGAAGAAGCAAUGCUGUCCACAUACUUUGAAACCAUCAAUGACCUGCUGUCCUCCUUUGGGCCAGUUCGUGACUGCUCUCGGAACAAUGGGGGUUGCACUCGCAACUUCAAGUGUGUGUCUGACCGCCAGGUGGACUCCUCAGGAUGUGUGGUAAGUGCCUGCUGGCCCAGGAACAUGGUGCCAGCCCAGGGGCCAAGGCCACUUGCUGGAGACCAUUACCUGCAACAGGAAGCUAGUCAAGGAGAGUUGCACUGGUCAAAUUUCCUACCUGUGUGCCCUUGGUUUCCUUGUCUGUAA